AUGCAAUUUUGUUAAAAAGAAUCAAUCUCGUACCGUAUCGCCCCUUCUUUCGCCUUGUUUCCUGUCCGCUUCGGCCGCUGCUUCUUCUCACUCCUUUGUUUCUUGUGCGACUGAACCUUUCUUGCUCCUUACGAUCCCGCAAGAUCCGCCACUCGAGCUGCCUCGCGCACGCGCAAUUCGCGCUCGGAAUAGGACGUUAUUAUGUCGCCGCCUACGACGCCGCCGCCUACGAUACUCCUCGCCGAUGUGCGUGCGAGAAACACGGCAAAAUCGUGCUACGUGACCAUAGGCCCCAAGGUGUACGAUGUCACCAACUUUUUGGACGACCACCCCGGUGGAGGGGAUCUGAUUCUGGAACACGGCGGCAGCGAUGUCAAGGAGAUCAUGGCGGAUCAGGUGUCUCAUUUCCACUCGGAAGCCGCAUAUGAAAUACUCGAGGAGUGUUUCGUCGGCUAUUUGGCGGAUGAGAAGGUUGUGGAUGUUGCAACAGAGUCUAGCAAACCGGGAGACGUUGUUCCUUUGCCCCCGACAGCAAAUGGCAAGAAAAUGUUGGCAAAUGGCUCUGCAAACGGCUCUGCGAACGGCUCUUCGAAUGGUCCUGCAAAUGGAAAACCGGUUUAUGCGGCCACAGGCAUGUCUUCUGAGGAAGAUCUAUCCAAGGAAACGGAUUACAAUGCAGACUACAAGCAGCAUAAGUUUCUGGAUCUGAACAAGCCCCUCCUUAUGCAAGUUUUCAACGGAGGAUUCAAGAAGGAUUUCUACCUUGAGCAAGUGCAUCGCCCGAGACACUACAAGGGAGGAGCGAGUGCACCGCUCUUUGGAAACUUCUUGGAGCCUCUCAGCUUAACGCCUUGGUGGGUUGUUCCCACCGUGUGGCUGCCACCCGUGAUCUACGGCACCGUUCUGGCUUCGACACAGCUGGGCCUGUGGACCGUCGGCUAUUGGAUCUUCGGUGUAUGCUUCUGGACAAUAACCGAGUAUGGAUUGCAUCGGUUUCUGUUUCACAUUGACGACCUCAUGCCAGACAACCGUUACUGCAUAACUCUGCACUUCCUCCUCCAUGGAAUCCAUCAUUAUCUCCCUAUGGAUCGCUACCGCCUUGUCAUGCCACCCGCCCUCUUUCUGGUCCUCGCAACGCCUUUUUGGCACCUCGCCCACGCAGUCUUCUUUUACAACUGGUAUGCCGCAGUUGCAGCGUACUGCGGCGGCAUCUUCGGCUACAUCUGCUACGACCUUACACACUACUUCCUUCACCACAAGAAGCUGCCUGCAUAUUGGCAGCGUCUGAAGAAGUACCAUCUUAUGCAUCACUUCGCCGACUAUCAGCUGGGCUUCGGGGUCACGUCCAGCUUUUGGGAUCGCGUCUUCGGCACGGAACUAGUCAUUCCGCAGCCAAAGGUUGUGAAGACGGCAUAAGGGGAUGACAUUUUUUUUUCCAAAGUCUGCGUAAAUGAUGCUUGUAGGCGAUGGUCGUGUUUGAUUUGGACUUUAGGUAGUCGGAGUUUGUACACAAAUGCAAACGGAGGCGUCCAGGUUCGAUUCGAUCUUCAAUCAAAAAUGACGAUUCAGAUAUAGUAAUACUAAUUAAUGAAAGAGCAUGUCCACUCUUCUCCGAUCAGGAAAGGAUAACGUCUUCAAACCCCCUCGUCUACCCAUAUGCC